AUGGCCGAAACUCAGCCCAAAGGCGUUGUAAACGUCGGCACUCGCAAGUCGCCUCUUGCUCUCGCCCAAACGCAAAUCGUCGUUGACGCUCUGAAGAAGAAAUUCCCCGAUCAUGAAUUCCCCAUCCACAGCAUGACCACCACUGGCGAUCGCGACCAAAACACAGCUCUCUACAACUUUGGUGGUAAGGGUCUGUGGACAUCCCAACUUGAAGAGAGAUUGGUCAACAGGGAACUUGAUAUUGUCGUCCAUUCGCUCAAGGACAUGCCGACUGUUCUCCCCGAAGGGUGCGUCCUCGGAUGUGUCACGUCUCGCGAGGAUCCGAGAGAUACACUGGUGAUCAAGAAGGAAUUGCAGGACAAGCACGGGUGGAAGACUUUGGCGGAUCUGCCGGCUGGAAGUAUCAUCGGCACAAGCAGUGUGCGCCGCAUCGCUCAACUGGUUCGUCGAUACCCGACACUCAAAUUCAAGGAUCACCGAGGCAACAUUCAAACCCGACUACGAAAGCUCGAAGAGGACCCUGACCUAACGGGUAUCAUCCUGGCUGCGGCAGGUCUCCAACGUAUGGAUCUUGGUGAACACAUUACACAAUUUCUCGAAUCUGAAAACGGAGGAAUCCUGUAUGCUGUCGGUCAAGGCGCCCUGGGAGUUGAAUGCCGAGCGGAUGACGAAAAGGUUCUCCGGUUCCUCAAGUCAAUCCAGAACGAACAAACAGCACUAGCGUGUGAGGCGGAACGAGCUCUCAUGAGGGCACUCGAGGGUGGAUGCAGUGUUCCCAUUGGUGUCGAGACAAAGUGGAUUGACGACAAGCUACGUAUGAAGGCUACAGUUGUUUCCCUCCGAGGUGACGAGGGUGUCGACUGUGAGAUAUCGGAAGCGAUCAAGACAUCAGACGAUGCGGACAAGUUCGGGAAGAAGGUGGCUCAAACACUGGUAGAACAAGGAGCGCAAAGGAUAUUGGAUGAUAUCAGCGAGAAGAGGGAGGUACCCGAGACAGUCAAAUAA